UUGUAGGCAGCUAAGCAAAUAUUUAGUUUAGCUGUUUUAACUGGAGUAGUAUAACAUUAUAUUUUCUAAAAACAAACUUUGAGUACAUGAAAAUUUUGUGAUUUUCCUACGAAUAUAUUUAUUUUGCUAAUUACAAAUAUUUACCAAUAUGGCAUUGGAAGGUAUUUGCGGUAUGGACAAACUGGAAUAUGCAACUUUAUAUGAAAAACUCGACCACGGACAGCGCAGGGAAGUUGCAAUGGGUUCCAUUAACUUUCAGAAUCCAUUCAGACUGAUGAAGCCGCCAACACCAUAUCCAUUUGGGAAUAUAAACAAGCUGUUCGAGAAGACCAACACAAAGAUAAACCUUACUCGUGGCACCACCACGCUCGGUUUUAUAUUCCAAGGUGGCAUUGUUUUGUGUGCCGAUUCGCGUGCUACUAGCGGCAUUUUCAUUGGCUCCAAUGAGAUGGAGAAAAUUGUCGAGAUCAAUGAUAACCUGCUGGGCACUAUGGCCGGUUGUGCCGGCGAUUGCUGCUACUGGGAUCGGGUGUUAAUGCGGGAGAGUCGCCUCUACGAAUUGCGCUUCAAGCGCAAACUGCCAGUGCGGGCAGCCGCACGAAUGAUCUGCAAUACGGCCUUCCAGUUUCGGGGAAUGGGCUUGUCAAUGGGCAUGAUGCUGGCAGGCUGGGGUCCAACUGGUCCUCAACUCGCCUAUGUCGAUUCCGAUGGCGAGCGUUUGUAUGGCAGCAAUUUCGUAGUGGGAAGCGGUUCAGAUGCUGCUAUGGGAGUAUUUGACUUUAAUUUCCGAUUCGACAUGACUAACGAGGAGGCCUUCGAGUUGGCAGAGCGUGCCCUUUACUAUGCCACCUAUAGCGACAUUUACACGGGUGGAUUUGUGCGCGUCUAUCAUAUCACUAAAACUGGUUGGAAAAAAAUCUCAUGUACAGAUUCUGUCGUAUUGCACGACCGCUUUAAGACCUUUGACGACCAACCACCGUUGGAUCUCGACUCUCAGAAGAAGCUUUUUAUGAAACAUGAGUUCCAGAGGAGGCCAUUGGAACCAAUGGACGUGGAUGAAGACAAUAAUGAUGGCACUACAUAAUAGAAAUAAGUUUAUUUGCUUGAUUAAAGAAAA